AUGGCCACCAUGCCGUUUGUCAGUGAGGGGAAGUGUGUGAGCGUUGAGUGGGAUUUCCUGCAAGGACUUCUGGCCAAGCCUCCUACCCUACCCUGUCUGCAAAACCUUCGCAAAGAGAAGUCACGCAAUGCGGCCCGGUCGAGACGCGGGAAGGAGAACUUUGAGUUUUUUGAGCUGGCCAAGAUGCUGCCUUUGCCCGGCGCCAUCACCAGCCAGCUAGACAAGGCCUCAGUUAUCCGGCUGACCAUCAGCUACCUACACAUGCGGGCCUUCGCCAGUCAGGGAGACCCGCCCUGGAGCCCUCUGCUGGAGGGAGACAGCAAUUGCAACAAAGUGAGACGGUCCACACAUUCUCUGGCUACUGACAUCUUUGAACAGCACCUAGGGGCUCACCUCCUGCAGUCUUUGGACGGCUUUGUGUUCGUGGUCAGCCAGGAGGGACGCUUUCUUUACAUCUCAGAGACAGUUUCUAUCUACCUGGGACUCUCGCAGGUGGAGCUCACGGGCAGCAGCGUGUUCGACUACAUCCACCCGGCAGACCAUGUGGAAAUGGCGGAGCGGCUGGGGAUCAGGCCCCACCUGCGGGCCGAGGCCGGCUGCCAAGUGGGCCCAGAGAGCGCGCCCUCCAGUUCGGCCUCCGCCUCCUCCCUGGCCGGCACGCCAGAGCCCACGCCAUCAAGUCCUCACUCUCCUGCUGAUGAACCUCCCGACCGGGGCUUCUUCAUUCGGAUGAAGUCCACGCUCACCAAGAGAGGCCUGCACGUCAAAUCAUCUGGAUACAAGGUGAUCCACGUUACCGGGAGAAUCCGCUACCGACCCACCAUCGUUCCUGGCUCGGCGCGGUCAAUGCCCCGGCCCAUGGGGAUGGUGGCAUUGGCUCACACACUCCCGCCCUCCACGCUCAACGAGGUCCGAAUGGAGAGCCACAUGUUUGUCUUCCGUGUCAACAUGGACCUACAGGUCACUUACUGUGAGAACAGGAUAUCCGACUAUAUGGACUUGACACCUGCAGAGGUUGUUGGGCGCACCUGUUACCACUUUAUCUAUGUGGAGGACCUGGAAAACUUGCGGCAGAGCCAUGAAGACUUACUUCGGAAAGGCCAGGUAGUGACAGGUUACUACCGCUGGCUCCAGAAGAGAGGCGGCUACCUGUGGAUUCAGUCUACCGCCACCGUGUCCAUAAACCACAAAGCUCCCCACGAGCGCAACGUCAUCUGGGUCAACUGCGUCCUCAGUCGGACAGAACUUCCUGACACUCCUCUGGAUCUGCUUCAGCUGCCAGAGAGCAUCAGAGCCGAGCGACUCCGAGUGAGCUCCCCUUCCACAAACAGCUCACCACUGGCUCGAGGCUCCACAGGCUCCCAGCCGGCAAAGAGCUCAGCGGGGAAGAGUGAUUCCGACACGAAAGCCCGAGAGAAGUACGCCACCGCCGCCGUCCAGUCGGAGAACAGGAGGAAGCGCCCGCAGAGGUCUGAGCCUGAGGGCGCCCCCCCUGAGAGCCGCCGCCGUCUGGAGGAGUUGCGGCACGCCGAGGAGAGCGUGUCAGCUUCCUCAGACCCGGCCAGCGAGAGCGAAGGCGAUGACGAGGAAGAGGAGGAGGAGGAAGAGCCCGAGUGGGAGCAGGGGGGCGACGGCGACAAAUUGAAACAAGAAGACAGCACAGGGAAGCCGAGCAGGGGGGUCGACGCCCCAACGAGAGGCGAGAGAGGAGGUCGACUGCACAACGGGCGGGCUGUGAUCCAGCAGCUAAAGAGCGCAGUGACCCCGGCCCCAAGCAUUAAGACGGAACACGAGGCCCUUGCCACCGGGGGGCGCUGGGGCUCGCACAGCAGCCAGCCCCAACCUUCCCAUGCGCAUACUCCCUCUAGCAGCCUUAACGGCGAUAGCCCCCACACCCCAAUACCCGACUCCUCCUCCAGCAGCGAAGCUCCCCCGAAAGGCCUCUUUACCCCUCCCUCCCCAGCCUUGUCCCCUGUCAUGCCUGUGUCCUCGCCCCUCCCCAGAGAGGAGCGGGCAGCAUCGGGGGCUGUCAGUAGGGGUGGUGGACCGGGCGGGGGCCCUGACUUGGAGCUCCUCCAGAGACUGGCCGCGGGGGGCGCAGCAGGGCGGGUCCUCUUUCAUCCUCUGGCCCUUGGCCCCCAAGGCCCUCAGAGCCUGUACGCCCCCAGCACCAUCCGCUACGCUCCCCCUGAGCUGCCCCCCUCCCACCACCACACCGUGAGCCACGGGGACGGCCUGCAGCUGCGCUCAGAUCACCACAAGGGACCCCCACCGGCUUUCUUCCCCCACCUGCAGCGACUGGCCGGCCUGCCGCCCUUCAGCGGCUUCUCCCCUUCGGACAGCCCCUUCCCCUCAGGCCUGCCCUUCUGUAUGAAUGGAUUACGGGGGGCCGCCGGCUCAGAGGAGGACUGA